GUCGUUCAGUGUGUUUUGAGAAGACAAAAAAAAGUCGGAAAUCCUCAUCUUCUUCCUCGCGCUAGCACAGUGCCUCUGCAACGAGAUAGCCGCCGUCUGCAAAUCAAGCAAGUAAGGCCUAUCGUUUUAAAGAAAAAGAAGCAGCAAUUGCAGGGGUCACAUUUCUUCUCCCCAAGCCAUUGUUACUGGUUUGCAAGGGUCAGUUGACCCCCUUUACCCCAAUGUGGAUCCGCCACUGCACACAGCCACCCACCGACCGAUAGCCAUAUCUGCCCCAACGCACCCACCACCACAAACGACCUUACCGCCCCAAACGCCCGAUAGUCAAGCCACACUCAAACCCCAAAACUCUUUUUUUAAAAAUCCCCGGAUCUAGAUUUGGUGGUUGAAGAAAUAUGGGGAAAGAGAGAAAGAGAGGGUACAGAGAUCCUAGCUAUAGCUACCAGUAUAGAUGAUUGAUGUUAUUGGGUUCCUUUUACUUCUUUUGGUUAUGUUUUCGGAGGAGAAGCUAACAAAAAGCGAGGAAGAAAAUAUAAAAGGCCCUUUGAGCCUUUGCCAUUGGAGCUUCUGUGUUGGCUUUUACGCCAAUUAAUCUUUUCAACAUCUAGAUUCCGCCGCACCCACCGCCGCGCCGUCGCCGAGUUUAGGUCCUCAUCUCCACUCGGUUUAAUUCCUUACCAGUACGGUAUAAUCAAAGAUGCCCCGUAAACCGGUGAGGCAUCGCCGAUUGAUGAAGUAUCAACCUCUGACUUUUUCCCCAUUUGCUCGUCAAGUCGCUCGGGUUGCCUCCAGCUGCAUGUCCAUCCUCCAAAUGCACAGCCCAGACCUCCCGAAAAAAUCUCAACCUAACUCCACAGGUAAUGGAUCGAGAAAGAAUACUUUGAAAGUCAAGAAUGAACACUCUGAGUCUUCUGAUGAAGAAGAGUUUGAUGGAAUUGUGCAAGCAGAUUUUGCUUUCUUUGAUCCAAAACCUGAUGACUUUCAUGGAGUGAAGACCUUGCUACAGACCUACCUUGAUGAUAUAGAAUGGGAUUUGAGUGGUUUUGUAGACUUAAUUUUGGAACAGACCACUGUAGGAACUGUUGUUAAAAUAGAGGAUGAUGAAGACAAUGGAAUUUUUGCUCUUGCUACUGCCCUUAACUUGGGCAGAUAUAAGGACCACAAAUGUUUUAUGGAGGUUAAGGAGUUUCUCCUUAAGGUAUCUCAAGAGAAGGAUGUAAUAGAUGACCUGCGAGCACUUUUGGGAAAGGAAGCAGAGAGUGUCGGUCUCUUGGUCUCUCAACGGGUGAUGAAUUUACCUCCACAGCUCUGGCCACCUCUUUAUGAUGCGCUCUUUGAUGAAGUCUCUUGGGCUACAGAAGAUGAGCCAACAGAGGGGCUCCGCAAUUUCUUUCAUUUUAAGUUUUAUAUAAUAGUCAGUAAAGUUUACAAGCACAAAAAUGCACACCAGAAAAAGGGCAUGAGUGCUAGUGACGAGGAAAUAAUAUAUAUAAAGCCAGAAGAUGAAAUUUUUCAUGAGCUAAGCUCCUGGUCGUUUGAAUUUUCUUUGCACACUCAGCAGCUUGCAACUCAUGAGCUGAGAGACUAUCAGCAAAUGGGGUUAGUCAUGGCGGUUAAAGCAGACAAGAUCCCUGCAUUUCGACAGCAGUUAAAAUCUUUCGUAGAGGGAUCAUGAUGCUAAUCGAAAGCUGUCCGCAGGAGUUGCAGGUGCCAAAUUUUGAUUUAUAUUUGAAGGCAUGAGGACAUUCACAUGGUGAAGGUUUUGGAAGCGCUCGUUGGUCCCAAAUGGUCCCUCAAAAGAUUCAUCGAAAGAGCAGAGCUAGGAAAGGUACAGAAAUAUUGUAUUGAGAAACGUGUCAUGGACCAUCAUAAGCUAUUAUCUCCCAGAUUCUAUAUGAACCAGAAAGGAAAAUAGAGAAAGUUUGAAACCAUCCAAAAGAAGUGGAACUUUACGUGUGAGGCCAAAGAAGAGCACCAUUAUCUUAUAAUAUUUGUGAUUUUAAAUUUUGUGUGGCGAUAAGAACAAUAUACAUGGAAUAUUUGCUUCAACUUGUUUGCACACAGAUAUCACAUAAUUACAUACACAAUGUAGUCGAUGCCUUCUGUCCAAAACCAGAACAACCCCCCGCCCACUGCCUCUUCCUUUUCUUAUCUUUUAAUGAUGGAGAAAGCUCCAGUAAAAGUUAAUUUAAAAAAAAAAGUUAAGUAAAAGUUGACUAGGCUAUAAUAUGAAAGCAGUCUCAUCAAAUUAUGAGUACUUGAAUGCUGGAGUUAUAGUACUAGUGCAUAUUGUAUGGUUCACAUGAAAGGAUUUCGAUCUUAUCUAAUUGUGGAAGUUGGCAAAGAAAGGGGCAGUGGAUUUGUGUUAGUGACGAUGUCAAUUUUGAUCAUGAAUGAGAGUAAUCUUUCAUGAGUAUAAUUAAUAAUACCAUUAGCUGGUAAUCAUAUUUAUAAUAAUGAAUGAUUGCGUU